AAAAAGCAUGGACGACGACCGCGACGUCGUCCAGUCCGGCGCGAUCUUCCGCAUGAAGCAAGCGGACCUCCGCUGGCGGAGCCCGAUGCCCAUGAGCAUGCUCAAGAAGAGCUCGAUAGGCGCGGACCGCGAGCUGCCUCCGGCGACGCCCACCAAGGCCCAGGCGAGCGCCGGCAGCUCGACACCGCGGAGCGCGUUCGACUCGCUGUGCCUGCGCAGCCCGCUGCCCAAGGUACUGCUGCAGAAGCUACAGGGCUCAGCGCAGAAGGCCGGUGCGACCAAGUCGCCGUUUGCAUCCACGAUAAAGACACCACCAACGCAGAAGAAGAUUAAGCUCGUCUUCAAGCCCGCGUCGGCGAUGAAGCUGACGCCAAGCGAAGCCAAGCCAGUGGCGCACUCAAGCACGAUGGUCGAUCCAAAGUACGAGACACCGACCAAGGCGAUGCGGCCAUCGGUGCAGACUUCGGUCGAGACAAAGACGCUGAUAAAGGACAGUACACCGCUCGGCCUCUCGGACCAAUUGGCGCUUCUGCAGCGCCAGAAGCUACAGAAGAAUGGCACGACGUCGACCGUCAAGCCUGUCGCAGCUGCAGCGUCCAUGCCAUCGACAACGAUCGAGUUCUUCACCACGCCCGAGAAGACCAAGACGCGCGAUGCAACGCCAAGCCCGGCACAAGCUGCGGCCUCGCAUGCGGUUGCCGAAGCGAUGGCGGCGGUGCCAAUGACGCCUGUGCCAAUGACGCCGGCAAAGCCAGACGAAGGACCGACCAACUCAUUCUUGUCGCCGCCGACGGCGCAGCGACGUCGCACCGCGGUCCGCAAAGCGCACGCUGCUCGUGUCGCCAGCGAGCGAAGCGAGAACGUUGCCAGCGCCACUCACUCUCAAGGCCGCGACGCCAAUGAAGCCCAAGACGCCACCAGCAAAGGCGAAGGCGCCAAUGACCAAGCCGCCGCGGACCCGGCCAAGCCCAAGACGCCCAAGCCAAAGACGCCCAAGCCAAAGACACUGAAGAUAGCACCGCGUCUACCAACACCGGUUCGCAUAGCGCAUCCCUUGACACCUCUCGAGGCGAUCCAAGAACCAACGCUUCUGCUUCCACGGCCCAAGACCCCGAAAAAAGGGACGAAAUCGAGUGCACCCACGCCGCCUGCUUCGACACCGACCGACAAGAGUGCAACGGCGCUCGGUCCGUCAUUGCCUCUGUCGCGCCAGCCGACGCCGGUUAAGUCGACGACCAAAGGACCGACGCCGCGCCGUAUGAGCUCGGUUGUUGAGCCGGAGCAACCGCCGGUGGAGCGUGACGACGAAGACGCCGCUUUCGAGUUUGGCGGCGGCAGUGCUGCGUCGUCCGAGGUCGAGGCGCUGCCGACACCACCGAAGAAGCCUGCGCCGAUUACAGUGGCCACACCUUCUGUGGCCAAGGCGACGCCGACAAGCUCGCGCAAACGACUCAAACGACCCGACGCGCGGGCUGGGGUCGCUGCCGCGGAGGCGAGCGACGACGAUUUGCCCAUGUUGGCCACCUCGAGCCCGGAGCGUACUGCGGAGGAGAGUGCUGAAGAGGUCGUCGAGCAUUUCCAGAUCAAAGACAGACGUGUCGAGCCGUUGGCCGUUGGUCAAGCACUUUACCUUCCAAAGCGUGGUGACGAGAACGAUGACGAGGAUGAUGACGAGGACAAGGACGACGACGACGGCGCGUCACGCCGCAUCAGCGACGAGUUUGCCAAGGAAAUGCGCGGUCUCAACGAGAGCGACCUCGUGGUCGACGACAAGACUGUCGAGCUGCACAAGUGGAGCGUCGUGUGGCCGCCCCGCAUGAAGAGCGCGACCAAUAUCAUUCUCACCGUGCGCGGGUGCAACGGCAGCAAGGACGGGCCCGUGACCAGUGUCGUGUACAAGUCGUACCAGUCGCCGCGGCACUUUUUGUCGACGGCCGACGACGAAGUGCAUUUGGUCGGCACCAUGGCCACCAAGUCGGUGCCGAUCCCGUCCGUUCGCGCGUUCUUCAAAGCGGGCAUCCCGCGCAUGUGGCGCGCCAAAGUGCCAAGUCUUCUCGUCGCCUCGUACGUUAUCGCAUCUUCCGAUGGCACGUGGAAGAAAUAG